AUGGGGCCUUUCCCAAACUCUUUUGGGAAUGAGUUCAUUCUUGUGGUCGUUGAUUAUGUGUCAAAGUGGGUAGAAGCGGUUGCAUCUCCUACUAAUGAUGCUAAAGUGGUGGUCAAGCUCUUCAAAAGAGUGAUUUUCCCAAGGUUCGGGGUGUCACGUACCAUUAUUCGUGAUGGAGGUUCACAUUUUGCAAAGUGGUCCUUUCAAGCUCUCCUUGUGAGAUAUGGUGUGAAGCACAAGGUGUCUUUGGCUUACCACCCACAAACAAGUGGCCAAGCCGAAAUUUCAAAUCGGGAGUUGUUUCCGGGUAAGCUUAAGUCAAGAUGGAGUGGACCUUUUUCCAUUAAGAAGAUGUUUCCAUAUGGUGCAAUUGAAAUAUCAAAUGAUAAUGGUGAACCGUUCAAAGUGAAUGGCCAAAGGCUUAAGGCAUACUUUGACGGUUUUGUGCAUGAAGAAGCCAAGGUUGUUCACCUUGAUGAGUUUGAUGUUCUUUACUCUCGUUGA